UUUUAUUUUGUCAGUAAUUUUGUAGUGACAAUGGGCGUGGUUUCACAUCCCUACCCUGUGAUUGGUCGACUCAGCUCUCACUGCGCUGUCCUGAGGACGGGUCGUGUUGAUUUCAGGAGUCAUCAUGGCGCUUACUUCCCUAGUCAAAGAGCACCAGUAUCACCAUCUAAUAGACUCACUGAAUGAUGGCAGUGUCAAGUACUUUAAUCCACAGAAGUUAAAUGAUCCACGAUAUGAAAAGCUGCCUCUGUCCAUCCGUGUCUUACUGGAGGCAGCGAUCCGUAACUGUGAUGGCGUUUACACAAAAACAGAAGAUGUGGAGAAGCUCUUGGACUGGCAGCAGCAACAGAAUAAAACCGACGUGCCGUUCUUCCCAGCCAGAGUCCUCCUCCAGGACUUCACUGGUAUUCCUGCCAUGGUGGACCUGGCAGCCAUGAGGGACGCUGUUGCCAAACAUGGUGUGAACCCAAGCCUGGUCAACCCUAAGUGCCCUACGGACCUCAUCGUAGACCACUCACUACAGAUUGAUUAUAACAAAUGUGCCAUACAGAAUGCCCCAAACCCAGGUGGAGGAGAAGCAUCAAACCAGAGCCAGGGUCCUUCUCGUUCUACUUCCUCUCGGCCUCCAUCCCGGGCAACCUCACAGUGUGGAGGCCAGCGAGGAACGUGUGGUAAAACUGCCUGCAAUGAACUUCCGUCCACUACCAGUCAACCGUCCGGCUCGGUCCAGCAGAUCGAGAACACACCUCUGCUCUGUCCUUUCCACCUAAAGCCUGUGUCAGAAACUGAAACAGCUACAAAAAAUCAGGAAACGGAACUGACUAGAAACAAAGAGAGACUUCAGUUCUUUAAGUGGUGCUCUAAAGCUUUUAAAAAUGUGAACGUCAUUCCUCCUGAUUAUGGAGCAGUCCACCAGGUCAACCUGGAGUAUCUGUCCAGAGUGGUUCAGCUCAGAGAUGGGUUCAUCUACCCUGACAGUGUGGUGGGAACCGACUCGCACACAACCAUGAUCAACGGCCUAGGGAUCCUGGGCUGGGGCGUGGGAGGAAUUGAGUCAGAGGCUGUGAUGUUGGGGCAGCCAGUGUCUCUGACUCUCCCUCAGGUGGUGGGCUGUAAGUUAGUGGGAUCCAUCAACCCUCUGACCACGUCUAUAGACAUCGUCCUUGGCAUCACAAAGCACUUGAGGCAGGCUGGUAUCGCUGGCAAGUUUGUAGAAUUUUUUGGACCAGGUGUCUCCCACCUGUCAGUUCCUGACAGAACCACCAUCGCCAACAUGUGUCCAGAGUACAAUGCUACCAUCAGCUUCUUCCCCAUCGACCAAGUUACACUAAAGCACUUUAGAAAAACAAACUUUGCCCAGGAUAAAGUUGACAUGAUAGAGCAGUACAUGAAGAGUGUGAAACUUUUCCGAAGCUCGGAAGACCAGACAGGAGACCCGCAGUAUUCUGAGGUGAUUGAAAUCAACCUUACCUCCAUGGUUCCCUACGUCAGUGGGCCGAAAAGGCCCCAGGACAGAGUCGCUGUCAGCAGUAUGAAAGAAGACUUUCAGAGUUGUCUUGACGAGAAGGUGGGCUUUAAAGGCUUCCACAUCUCCAAAGACAAGCAGCUGACCCAUGUGCCUUUCCUGCACUGUGGUCAGGAGUAUCAGCUGGCCCACGGCUCUGUGGUCAUCGCUGCUGUUAUCAGCUGCACCAACAACUGCAACCCAACUGUCAUGCUGGCUGCAGGUCUUCUGGCCAAAAAGGCUGUAGAGGCUGGUCUUGUUGUCAAGCCUUACAUCAGGACCAGUCUGGCUCCUGGAAGUGGCAUGGUCACUCACUACCUCAGUGCAAGUGGAGUCCUACCCUACCUCAGCCAACUUGGGUUUGAGGUGAUAGGUUAUGGCUGUGCCACGUGUGUAGGAAACACAGCCCCAUUACCAGAUGCUGUUGUAGAUGCAAUCAAACAGGGGGAUCUUGUGGCCUGCGGCGUGCUGUCCGGCAACAGGCACUUCGAAGGUCGUCUUUGUGACUGCGUGCGUGCUAACUACCUGGCCUCUCCUCCCCUGGUGGUGGCAUAUGCUAUAGCAGGAAAUGUGGACAUCGACUUUGAAAAGGAGCCUUUAGGAGUGACAUCAGAGGGGAAGGAGGUGUACCUUUGUGAUGUCUGGCCGUCCAGAGAGGAGGUGCAACAGAUUGAGGAGGACACGGUCAUUUCGUCCAUUUUUAAGGAUGUAAAGAGCAGGAUGGAGAAAGGGAACACAUUUUGGAACAACAUCGACUGUCCAGACUCUCUACUUUUCCCAUGGGAUCAUAAGUCCACGUAUAUUCGCUCACCAUGUUUUUUCAGUAAAUUGAGUAAAGAAGUUCCUCGACCUCACUCCAUAGAGGGCGCUCAUGCCUUACUCUUCCUCGGCGACAAAGUGACCACAGACCAUAUUUCUCCAGCAGGCAGCAUAGCCAGAGCCAGUGCAGCUGCCAAAUACCUGCUAAGCAAACGUUUGACACCGCGGGAGUUCAACUCCUACGGUGCACGCAGAGGAAACGAUGCAGUGAUGACCAGAGGCACGUUCGCCAGCAUCAAGCUUCAAAAUCGAUUAUACGGCAGAGCGGGUCCCAAGACUUUGCACAUUCCUUCAGGCCAGACACUCGAUGUUUUUGAGGUUGCUGAUCGUUACCAGAGGGAAAGUAUCCCCCUCAUCAUCCUGGCAGGCAAAGACUACGGUUCUGGGAACUCCAGGGACUGGGUGGCUAAAGGACCAUACCUGCUGGGGGUUCGUGCAGUCAUUGCAGAGAGCUUUGAGAAGUUGCACAAAAACCAACUGCUGGGAAUGGGCAUCAUGCCAUUAGAGUUUCUGCCUGGUGAGAACGCCGACUCUCUGGAGCUCAGCGGGAAGGAAAUCUUCACUAUCACUGUGCCGGAAAGCCUGAGUGUGAGACAGCAGCUCACCGUCAAGAUCGACCAGGGAAAGUCAUUUUCGGUCACUGCACAGUUUGACUCUGAAAUAGAUAUAAACCUUUUCCUGCACGGGGGGCUCCUCAAAUACGUUGCUCGGACUUUCCUCUGAAGCCGUCCGCAGCCGGCCCGAAACAUUUCCAGUGUACAUUAGGGUCAUGAACUGCGGCCCUCACCCUAUUAUCACCCCCUCCGUCUUCAGCAUCGAUGGAAAUCGACUCACAGGACUGACAUGAAGACUGGUGUUGUGUCUGAUUUAAGCUAAACGUUUCGUCUCCAGACAGUUGAAGUCAUGAGAUUGCAGUCUUCACUGCUUUGCCAUCACUACACAUGGCUGUUUUGUUUUGUAUAUGUAUUAAAAACAGCCUUACUCCUCCCUCCAAAAGUCUGACACAACAGAUGCAGGACAGAACUGCUGACAUGCAAUCAAUAAAGGGAUUGUAACCUGACACAGCCUUCAAACCUAACUUCUUUGUUGUCAUUGUUGUUGUUGGAGACUAAAACUGUGACCAGCUGGAACCAAGUCUGUUUCUGUUCCGUCACAUUAAAAUCAAUCUGCCACAAAAGGCUGGGAUAAAACUACGAUGUGAAAGUGAAUGUUGAGGAUGCAAACAAACAAACAAAAAACUGUCCUUCCAUGUUACUGGGUCAAAAGGUCACACAACAUUUAAAUAGCUUCUUUUUUUUUUUUUUAAAGACAGAAGAGGAAGCGUUAUCAAACAUGACUUACCAUAACAGUAAAACAAAUGUGAAAAUUAUUUUACUGAUAAUUCAUUCAAAGAAGUCCAGGCUCAAACAUAAUACUCCUCUCAGUAAAAAGGAUUACAAAAAACUUCACUCAUGUUUCAAGUACUUACUUAUUAUUUAGCCAAAUCAGUCAUAAACAUGAGUGAAGUGACAGUAAGGAUUUAAAAAUCCUGUGGACAACUGACCUUCAUGACCUUUGACAUUGUGACCUACGGAAGUCGUUUUGGGAUAGUAUCACAUCCAUGUCAGUGUGUCCAAAGUGCAAAACUUCAGUCUGUUUGAUUUACAGAAGCAACACUGAAUUCAGUCCAAAUGGCUGAACUCCUGCUGUAGGACAUGGUGCUCUUUGGAGUAACACUGUGUAUUUGUCCAGAGACAACAUAGCUGCAGCAAUCACCGUAACCUCGGUACAGUGUUUCGCCUACACUUGCUGGGAUGAUUUUCCACCUGUUUGUGAGGGGGGAGAACUGGGUCUCCCCCCUCACAAACAGGCCUUUCAACUUCAAAGACAGAUCCAGAUGCUAAUAGUUUUAAAGAGGGAAUCAGUUUAGUUCCAAAAGAUCAUCGACUUUCUGUUGAAUUUCAAAAGUUUUUUUUUUUUUUUAAAUCCUUGGAUUGGUUUUACUGAGGGUUUGUUGUUUUUAUGUUGUUUGUGCACAAAACUACCUUGACUCAGUAUAGCACUUUGGUUUCUUAAUCAGUUAAUCGUGUAAAUGUCACAGCAUCUACUGUCUGAAUGGUGUUAAGUUCAUGCAUUUAUUUAGCUUAAGAAACCUAAAGUGUGUGUUGGCUGUGUUAAUGAGUCCUUCAUGAACUCGUUUCUAUAACAUGUUUGUUCAUCACCAUAUGAAGCUGUUGGAAAACCUUUUUUUUUUAAUAUGCUAAGAUUGACAUAUUUUCCUUUGUCCAUACUGCCAUAAUAACCUGAAGCUAAAACUGUCGUGAUGAUGUCUGUUGUUCACGUGCCUCGUGUGCAGAGAAUAAAGUUUGUAUACUGCUUCAUAUCGCA